UGCCAACGAAAGUCAAAAGGGGAAGAGGCUGGCUGCGCUGUGUACGUGCGGUAUGUAUACGUAUUAACGUUAUCCGGGUUUUCCGUGGCGGGGCGUACAGCAAUGGCGGAAGUACGCUGCAACACCCAUCUUCUCGACCUGCCCGACGAGGUCAUAGUACAGUGUUUCUCAUCACUAGACUUUCCGUCCAUAUUGAACAUUUCACUGUCUUGCAAACGACUUCAUCGUUUCUCGAAAUACGACGAGGUAUGGAAGGGCGUCUAUUUCCACGUGUGGCCGUGCAAGAACGACGUUGCAUCGCAUCCUGUAGUCCAACGUGUACUACACUGCAACUCCUGGUACGAAUCAGCACGUUACCGACGACGUCUGUAUCAACGUUUGUCUCACAUGAUGAGUUACCCGAGUUUCCGGUUUGAGCUAGAUCACGGCAAAUACUCGAAGUACGCUCACAAUAUUAGUGUGGAAUCCCUAGUUGCACUGAUCCUUUGUAUUGGCGCGUUCGGAGUACCCGGUGUUGGUGAUGGAUGCACGUGGGGAGAGCACCAGGGCCUAGCUGUGGGCUACGCUGCAGAAAAUUUCAAUAUGAAAACAAGAGUGGAUGAUGUGCUGGAAGAGUUGUUUGUCAACACGACUGCAUUUGAUGACAAGGAGUCUGGGGUUUUGGACUUUGUGAGGUAUACCGACUGGGCCAAGCACUUCAACUCUAGUGAUAUCUAUGGUGUCCUGUGGAAUACUGGAUGGCUGAGGCUUCAUCCUAUGGUAAUAGAGAGACAUCCACAGAGAGAGGGAGCCAUAUCGUUGGGACACGUGAAUGAUAGGAUGGGACAAUCGCAUCCUUUGUAUGGAUUAAUAGCUUGCACAUUGAAGCAGCCGGCUUCUUUUAUGUGUGGAGGACACGAGUAUGCGUUCUCGAAUAGUUCAGCAGGCUCGAACGGUCCGUUUAUUAUUGAUCGGAAAGAUUCCACAAUAGAAAAAAGAGCGGCAACGUGCCAGUUAGUGUAGAUACAGGCACAGGUAUUGUGUUAGAGUGCAUUACUUGCAAGUUGUGUUUGUCUGAGUGACUGGCAUUAUAUUAGCAUUGAUCAUUGUGUAAUGUAUAACAGAAAAUAAUGCAAGCAAAAUCAAAAUACACAGCAGAAAGUGUUUUAAGUGUGUGUGUGUGUGUGUGUGU